AUGGCCCAAGAAGUGAUUCAGGUUCUCGCAAAGGAAGAAGGCCUGACUAUCGUCCGGGAGUUGACGGACCAGCGUCUCCGCACCGCGGCCGCCGAUACCAGUACUAUGCAGAAAAGGACUGCGUGGACGAACGAGUUGCUGCCGCUCUUUCGAAUUCUAGCUCACCCUAGAGUUGUGGAUUCAGCCAUUCUUGAACAAGAAGUUGCUUUGGGUAGCGAAGGUGGUUCAAGGAUGUCGGCUGUCGAGCUGGCCCUCGCCGUGUUGAGCAAGCUGAUGGACUGCAACACAAACAGCAUGCUCAUCGACGGCCUCGUCUCCGUCGUGGACCGACUGGCCAGCUUUGUUGAAGAUACCUCUGACGACGAUUACUUCAGGCGCCAGUCACUCAACUACCUUGGUUAUGUGCGGCAACGACUUGGGCUGGGCGAAGCGCUUAUGGAACGGCCGGCUGAACAGCAUCGCCCAGUCCAACGAACCGAAUUCGUUCUAAGGAGGGAUCUUCCCGGUCAGCUCUCGGCCGAAGGGCCGCGGCAUGACAAUGACCACGCCGACAUUGCCGACAUCAAGAUCAUGCCGACCAGGGAUGAGAUCGCAUCUGUUCGUAGCGAGUAUCUGCCGACCACCGACCCAGCCCAGUUCCACCGCCCAGGCAUCCGUGGUCGCCUUGACCGCGAGUUUCGCUUGCUGCGUGAGGACACUGUCGGUGUUCUGAGGGACGCCAUCCGUAUACAGCUUGAAGCUUUGAAGUCACCCCAACACGCUCAAGCUAAACGAUCGAAGGAUGGCCUUCGCACAUUCACUUAUCGUAAUGCGCAAGUCAACCACAUUGCUCUCGAUCAGCAAAAGCUCGACUUCGUCAUUCAGUUCGACCAACCCGUACCCAACAUGUCUCGGGAACGGCGUCAGGAAUGGUGGAGUCAUUCAAGGAGACUACAACCUGGGGCCCUAGUCGCUGUCAUCUCAACCUCGGGGUCGGUACUCUUUUUCACUGUGGCCCAGUCAACGCUUCAUAGCCCGAACAAACCUCAACCGUCAGAAACGACCCUAGCGAAAUCGAGUCUGUCCUUGUCCGCGGAUGCCAAUCAUGCGUAUGUCCACCUGAACCUUGUCGAAAUGGGGCGCGGAGGGUUCUACCAAGCCCUGGGUUGGUAUCGCAACAACAGACGACAUGAUGUUCGGUGUCUGGUUGAAUUUCCUGGCGUCCUCCUUCCUUCUUUCCAACACACCCUCGCGGCUCUGCAAGAGAUGUCGAAAAACCCCCGUCUGCCAUUCGCCAGCUUGAUUGCUCCAGACAGUAAAGAACCCGAAGAGAACAAUCUCCAGUCCGUUCCGCCUCCCCACUACGCCACGAAGCCGGGAUUCUUCUUCGACCUUAGGUGUCUAACAAAGUCUCGCUCGCCCCUACGGUCCUCCAUACGCAACCCGCUGGAUGCUGCCCAGCUGGCAGAAGACUCGAAGCUUGACCUGACACAAGCCCGUGCGCUGCUGGAUGCCCUGCACCGUGGGCUUGCCCUGAUCCAAGGGCCUCCCGGGACGGGCAAGAGUUUUACUGGAGAAAACAUCAUCCGUGUGCUGCUUUCUAACAAGGGUAAGGCCGAACUGGGACCCAUACUAUGCGUCUGCUAUACCAACCAUGCCCUUGACCAACUCCUCGAGCACCUCGAUGACGGGAAAACCCAGAUCAUCCGGAUCGGCUCCCGCUCCAAAUCCGAGAAGUUGGAGCAAUGCAACCUCCGCGUGGUGGCCAGAAACGCGGAUCGCACGUUCUCUGAAAGGAGCGCCUUGCGAAAAGAACGAGAUGUCCAAGACGAGCUGGCUAUGGAUCUCGACGACUUGCUCCGGCGGCUAGAGACGUCAAACAGAUGGCAAGCCCUGAAGAUGCACCUUCGGGAGUCUCAUUGGAAGUAUCAUGAUGAGCUCUUCGGUCAGGUGGAUGAAGAUGAUUUCCAAACGGUCGUCCGUCAGCCAGAACGAGUCGUAGAACGUUGGCUCCAAGGUGGCCAGAAGGGUGAUAGCGCUGAGCAACGGACCGGAACUCAGCUGGGUAGCUCCAAUAUCAGACAGGAGAUUACCGGGAGAUUGUCCGAUUUGACACACAAUCAACGACGCACCCUCUACCAGGAAUGGCUCAGGGAAAUGCAUGACUCCAUUAUAACGGACAUUGUUGACAGCUACAAGGAUUACCAAUCGUCCAAGAACCGGUGUGACAAGGUGCAUUGCGAGGUUGAUCUCCGAUGCUUGGAUGAGGCCGACAUCGUCGGAGUCACGACGACCGGGCUGGCGAAGAAUCUUGCCCUUUUCCAGAAGCUACGGUGCAAAGUGAUAAUCUGCGAGGAAGCUGGCGAAGUCCUCGAGGCACAUACUUUGACCGCGCUCCUGCCUUCGGUCGAGCACGCCAUCUUGAUUGGGGACCAUCUCCAGCUGCGGCCGCAGAUUCAAAACGAUGGGCUCAAAAGCACCAACUCUUACGGUGUUCAGUAUUCGCUCGACCUUUCCCUGUUUGAACGCCUUGUCCGUCCUCUUCACUCUACGGACCCCGUGCUUCCCUUCAGUUCUCUCGACACGCAGCGGCGGAUGCAUCCCGACAUUGCUGAACUUGUUCGGUCAACUCUCUACCCGAACCUGGAGGACGGCGGUGACGUGGCCAGCUACCCGGGAGUUACGGGGAUGAGAGAGCGUCUCUUUUGGUUUCACCAUGAACACCUCGAGGAUGGGGCGGCCAGUUCGGAUCCCCAUUCUACUUCUCACUCCAACGAAUUUGAGAUCCAGAUGACCAUUGCCUUGGUACAGCAUCUGGUCCGGCAAGGUUCAUACGGCCCGGACGAUAUUGCCGUCAUCACUCCGUACCUCGGCCAGCUCUUCCGCCUCCGCCGUAAAAUGCAAGGCCUGUUUGAAAUUUCGGUCGGCGAAAGGGAUCUGGAAGACCUUGCAAAUAUUGGAUUCGAUACUGCCCCAACGACUGCGGAGGCUGCACGGAAGACGCCUGUGUACAAAACAUCGCUGCUCAAGAGCGUGCGGGUAGCCACUGUGGACAACUUCCAAGGCGAAGAGGCCAAAGUAGUCAUCAUAUCGCUGGUGCGGAGCAACACGCUGAAUAAGUGCGGCUUUCUAAGCACCAGCAACCGCAUUAAUGUCCUUCUUUCCAGGGCUAAGCACGGCAUGUAUAUCCUGGGCAACUCGGCGACGUACGAGAGCGUUCCCAUGUGGGUCAAGGUCCUUGACAUUCUUCGGGGUUCCGGAAAGUUUGGUACGAAACUGGAACUGCAAUGUCCGCGCCACCCUGACAUGCCUGUGGCGGUUUCGGAGCCCGAUCAUUUCCUGCAAUUCUCUCCUGAAGGAGGCUGCCUUCGUCACUGCGAGAAGCGUCUCGACUGCGGCCAUGCCUGCAUCAGCCGCUGCCACUCAGACGUUCUUCACAGUGCAGUCAAGUGCUUAGAGCCCUGUCCCAGGCAGAAACAGGGCUGCAAUCAUCCAUGUCGACGGGUAUGCGGAGAGCAGUGCGAACCCAAGUGUACCGAGAAGCUCACGGAUCUCUGGCUGAUCCUCAAGUGCUCCCACGUCGUAACCUCCGCAGUUUGCUGGCGUGCCCAGGAUCCGUCCUCUAUCACUUGCACCAAGGUUGUUGACCGCGUCGUGCCUGGAUGCAAGCAUCAAGUCCGGGAACCGUGUCAUGUAGACGUUGGUGCCGGCGCUUUCCGCUGUCCAGCAAUGUGCGGUUCUGCCCUUCCUUGCGGCCAUUCCUGCAAACGAAACUGCUCUGAAUGCAAGAAAUGGAAAGACGGAAAGGUGGACAAAGAGGAUCACGGCACAUGCGCGCAGCUCUGCGGGAGAAAAUAUUCAACUUGUCGGCAUGCUUGCUCCGCGUCCUGCCACCCCGAUAAGCCUUGUCCGCCCUGCUCGGCUGACUGUGAAUGCCACGAGCCGUGUGUGCCUUGUGCCGAACAAUCAUGCUCCUCUUACUGUGAGCAUACCAGGUGUACAAUGCCUUGUGCUGCACCUUGCGACUGGGUUCCUUGUUCCAGACGCUGUGCCAAAAUCAUGACCUGUGGGCAUCAAUGUCCCUCGGUCUGUGGCGAGGCUUGCCCAGGGCCGGUGUUUUGUCAGACAUGCGGAACUGAAGAUAUCAAGGGAAGCGUUGUCGACUUCGUCGAGGGCCUCGAAUUCCGGGAGGUCAACCUUGACGAGGAUCCAUGCCUCUUCCCCGAUUGUGGCCACUUUGUCACCAUGAGCAACAUGGACGGCAUCAUGGACAUGACGUCACACUACACCAUGUCUGACUCCGAGCCCCGACAUCCCUUAGCCAUUGCCAAGGCCUCCAGCCCAUUUUCGAUGGACGAAGUCAAAGUGUGUCCGACCUGCCGGGGUUCCCUCCGAAAUAUUGGUCGAUACGGCCGCAUCGUCCGCCGAGCCAUGCUCGAUGAGGCAACGAAGAAGUUCAUCACCUGGUCAAACGCCGAAUUCUUGAAAUUGGUCACGCUGUUGGUUGAUGAGCAGCACAAACUUGACCAGACUCACCCUGGAAAAUCUGCACAGCCUCAGGAAGCAGCAAAGGGCCUACCAAAACAGAUAAUUACAACGUCUGCGAGGCUGAAGCAGAUAUGGAUAGUGCGUAAUUGGGACGGUAGCAGAAGAUACGCAUCCCUGAUCCAGCUAUGGCAUCAAAUCAGCGGUCACCUGGCUAAGGUGCGGAAGGAGGAGCAGCCGUUCCAGCGAGUGGCCGACUUUGUGCAGCAUGCUGCUCGACAGCGAGGCGACAGUGGGAGCGGCUUCUCCUUCGACGAGGCCAGUAUCAUCCAAGCGAAAGGCCAGCUUCAAGCAAUGGCCCUGCUGCUCAAGUGCGAGGCUGCGUUGUUCACAGAUGCCAUGAAACAGGACCAAGCACGCAAGGACCGCGCCCUUGGCAGGGUGAAUGCUGGGAUACCAGCCCUCGACUUCUCGCUGCACGUUAAGAACUGCGAACAGCUGAUUGCUGCUGCGAGGCAAAGGAUGUAUCCCCAACUUCAAAUCGAAGGCCACGUGUGCUUUGCACGGUUUAGUGCUCUUGUCUGCCACAAUCUGGCAGCGGCGACUUCUCAUACCUCUGAGCCUUCUGACCAGGGCCGGGCUAGUACUUCAUGUCCAGCUCCUCAAGAGAUCGAGCGGCUUCGCAAGCAUGCUCUGGAACAUCUGCAGUCAGCAUGGAAGAUUGUCGAGACGAACCCAUCGACGGAGAUUUUGAAGGCGGAAAUUGACGCGGCUGAGCGAAUGGUCAACGACGGAGUGUUUUACACGGCUGUCAGCGCAAACGAGUUGAAAGACGUGUACAAUGCCAUGGCGGCCGAGUUUCGCGGGACUGGACACUGGUACACCUGUGCCAACGGACACCCGUUUACCAUUGGCGAUUGCGGCUUGCCCCGACAGCUUGCUCGGUGUCCAGAGUGUACGGCGCCGAUUGGUGGGGAGCAGUACCAGACUGCGGAGGGAGUGAGACGGGCAGAUGAGAUAGAGAGAUUGGCGGGUAGAUUGGGAGGGCUGAGAAUGGGAGAUGUCUAG